AUGGCCGAUGAUCUUUUUGAUGUGUCUCAGUGGCAGUUCAGUACAACGUGGCUAUAUCUUCCGUGUACAGAAGAAUACUGGAACAGACCCGACCAGUUUCAGAGAGCUAUUGAUGACAUUGAUACCUUGACCUACGCGAUCUACAAUUACAAUCCCGCCAUCCCCUCUACUAUGCGUGGUGUUUUGCUUGCGGUUUAUCACCCGCUGUAUUAUGAUACAACUUCUAUCCUGGCCAUUGCACGCGGCGAUCUGGUCAACUAUCAAAUUGCCGCCGCUGGACAACCCGGGUUAAUGGGACCCAGCCAGUCGACCAUAUGUCUCCCGCUUAACGAGGCCGACUACAUGGAUAUUAGCGAAGACGCGAGUAUGAGCACAGUGUUCCAGUGGACUUAG